AUGGCGCCUGGUAUACUACAAGCAACGGACCUACAGCAGCCCUUGACAGGCCAAGUUAAGCGUUCAGUAUUUCCAGACGGUCUGAAGACAUCCGGGCAACACCCCCCUGUGUAUUCACAAGUGCGACCUUACGAAGACUUCCCUGUGAUUCACACUGGACCCACAGUCUGGAAGGCCGAGGAUUAUCGAGAGAACCCGGAGCUUUGGACGCAUCGGUUCAGCCCAGAGGAAAUCGAUGAAAUAAGUACAAACUUCCUGCUCCCAAGGCUUUCCGCCCGAUUGGAAGAACUUCGCCGGGAUCUUAUCGAUGGAAAGGGAUUCUUUCUCUUCAGAGGCCUCCCUGUUCGAGAGUGGGAUCUGCAGAAGUGUGCAACUGCCUAUAUGGGACUUGGGACCUACUUAGGUUAUUUUGUCAGUCAGAACGGAAGAGGCCAUGUUCUUGGCCAUGUGAAAGACCUGGGGGAAGAUCCCACAAAGACCGACCGAGUUCGAAUCUACCGAACUAACGCCCGUCAGUAUUUCCAUACAGACGGAGCCGACUUUGUUGGUCUUCUUUGCAUCGCGAAAUCCCUGUCUGGGGGCGAGUCCGACAUUGCUUCAACACAUCAUGUGUUUAAUACACUGCAGGAGAGACAUCCCGAUGUCGCCCAAACGCUGUGCGAGCCGAACUGGUAUUUCGACCGCAAGGGUGAAGUCUCAGAAGGCGAGGAAGAGUGGAUUCGAGGCAGUAUCCUCUACCUUGAACAUGACCGCAGCGGUUUGAACCCCCGGGUAUAUGCGAAAUUCGACCCGAUGAACGUGACCUCACUAGCUCGGUUCAACUCAGGACCAGAUGCACAAAUCCCCCCGUUAUCUGAGAAGCAGAAAUACGCGUUGGAAGUGUUUGAGAAGACAUGUUCGGAGCUGUCCCUGCACAUGAUUUUGGCCCCUGGUGAUAUUCAAUUCUUGAGCAAUGCGCAGGUAUUCCACGCACGAACUGCCUAUACCGACCACCCUCCAGGUGCAGUUGAUGAAGAUGGACACCCUGCCCGCCGGCGACACCUGAUGCGACUAUGGCUCGCAGCUCCUGAGUCUGAAGGAGGAUGGAGACUCCCUUACCACGACACUUUGGAAAAGAAGCGGGGUGGCAUUCAAGUGAAUGACACACCACCGGUCUGUCCCUUGGAUGCCGAGUGA